AUGAGUUCGGUGUCGCAUGAAUCGGCCAAGGCAGCGCUGGAAGCCGCUGAGGCGAGGUUCAUCGCCAACAACCCCCUUUCCAAGAAGCAGCACGAGCUCGCCGUCGGUGCCCUCCCAGGUGGAAACACACGAACCCUACUGCACACAUCCCCAUUCCCCCUGACAAUGAACCAGGGUAAGGGCGCUCAUGUCUGGGAUGAGGAUGGCCACAAAUACCUCGACCUCGUCGGUGAACUGACGGCAGGUCUCUACGGACACUCCAACUCCAUCAUCCGCGAAACUAUGCUCUCCACCUUUGACAACGUCGGUCUUUCGCUUGGCUCAACCACCGUCCAGGAACACAAACACGCUUCCCUCCUUUGCUCACGCUUCAAACUGAAGCGCGUCCGCAUGGCCAACACGGGCACAGAAGCCAAUAUGCACGCUCUCGCUGGCGCGCGGCACUACACCUCGCGAAGAAAAAUCAUUGUCUUCUCUGGCGGCUACCACGGCGCGGUAUUUAGCUUCCCCAACGGCAAAGCAGCACCCAACACCGUGGAUAAGGACGACUUUGUGGUUGUUCCCCGGUAUAAUGACAUCGGCCUCGCAGUAGACACCAUCAGAUCCACACCCGAUCUCGCCGCUGUGCUGGUGGAACCAAUGCAAGGCGCUGGUGGAUGUAUCCCCGGCAGCAAGGAAUUUCUCCAUGCCAUCCAGGACGCCGCACACGAGGUCGGAGCGUUGUUUAUCCUCGAUGAGGUGAUGACUUCCCGCCUUGCGCCUCACGGCCUGGGAUUUGAGCUAGGACUGAAGCCUGAUUUGGUUACAAUGGGCAAAUAUCUUGGGGGUGGGCUGGCUUUUGGCGCGUUCGGUGGGAGAGAGGAGGUCAUGGCUGUGUAUGACCCCCGAGUGGAAGGGUCGCUGGCGCACUCGGGGACGUUUAACAACAACACUCUAGUCACGAGCGUUGGGUAUGAGGCUUUGAAGAGAGUUUUCACCGAGGAGGCUUGUGUGGAAUUGAAUGAACGGGGGGAUAGGCUCAGGGAGAGGUUGAAGCAGGUUACAAAGGGGACCAAGAUGAUGUUUAGCGGAAGGGGAUCGUUGAUUGGGGUUCACUUUGUGGAUGAAGCUGUCGAGGUGUUUACAUGUGGGGAAGACAUUCAAGGGAAGGAAAGGAGGGAUUUGAUGGACUUGUUUUGGUUCGAGAUGUUGGAGGCAGGGUAUUGGACAACGAGAAGGGGGUUUGUUGCACUGAUUUUGGAGACAGAGGAAAAGGAGCUGGAAGGUUUUGUGGAAGCUGUUGGAAAUUUUGCGGAGAGGCAUCGGGAUAUUAUGGCCUUGUAG